GCGCCUAUGCUAAAAAUUGAUAUUGAGUAACUGUAUGACAGCAUAUUGUUGACAACGUAUCGAUAUCACUUGAUCACAUGUUUAUCUUAAAAAACGACUAAUAAGAAGCUGUACAUUUUAUGAUUUAGACAUCAGUUGAGUACAAUAUUUAUCUGAAAGGAUCAAGCGAACAUGAAGCUUUACUGCAUAGCCGUUCUUCAUAAAGGGGAGACAAAAGUGAACUCCUUGGCCUCAGCACAUGAAUUAUCACCAUUUGGAUAUUUUCAAAGAUCUAGUGUAAAAGAAUUUAUGGACUUCACAUGUCAAAUUGUGGCAGAGAGAACAAUGGUUGGGUCUAGAGCAUCUAUGAAGGAAAAAGAGUACAUUUGCCAUGUUUAUGUCAGGAGUGAUUGUCUAACGGGAUUAGUGAUCGCAGAUCAUGAAUACCCACAGAGAGUGGCCCACACUCUUAUCAAUAAGGUUCUGGAAGAAUUUACAGGUAAAGUUCCUAAGUCACAGUGGCCAACAGCUAAUCAGAGUAGGAUAGUCUAUGGAGAGUUAGCCGGUUACCUUCAGAAAUACCAGGAUCCCAAGCAAGCAGAUUCAAUGACCAAAAUUCAGAGUGAAUUGGAUGAAACAAAAAUUAUUCUGUAUGACACGAUAGAGAAGAUUCUGGAGCGGGGGGAGAAGCUCGAAGAUAUGGUGGACAAUUCGGAUAGACUCAGCAUGCACGCCAAAGCUUUUUUCCAAGUAGCAAGGAAGACCAACUCCUGCUGUGUAAUAUUAUGAUCACACUAUUCAGUAGAGAAGCAUUGUUUUAUCUGUUGAUUUUACUACAUUUACAUAUCUGUGCUCUUGGUACAGCACAGACAUAUAGCAGCUUGUAAUGAUACACAAGAAGUUAUCAGUACUUGUGAGGAAGGCUUCAGUUCUUGCUUUUGAAGAUUGACUAAGUAACCUAGCUAGGGACCAGCACUGCAGUGUUGAAUAUUUACAGCUUGUCAUUUGUAUUGAUUUCCGAUUUGUGUCAGGAAUUUAGUUUUUUAUAUCAAAUUAAGUGCUAUACAUGUAGUUUAUUUCACUUUUUUUUUUGUUUUAACAAAAUGAUGAUUAUAUGUAUUCAAUAUUUUUAAAAAAUGUGUAUCUUGCAUUUUAAACAGCAUGUGAUUUGAUAAAUGACAUGACUUAAUGUCAUGAUUUGAAUGCAUAAAAUUGUUUUAAUUAAGUUCUUUGUUUUUUCUUAUGAAAACUCCCAGAUCAUCUAAAAGGUGCUGAUGUCUACCCUAACUGCUUUCUAUUUUUGAAUUACCCUGUAUUACCUUGUUCAUGUAUACAGUUUCAAAGCAGAUGUUUCUCAGGAUUUAUUUAUGCUUUGUCAGCAACUCUAUUUUUAAUUUCAACACAUGUAUUAUUUUUGCAUUCCCUCUGAAGUGUGGCAAAAGGUGGUUAGAUUUUGAAAUUACAUAUGUUUAAAUUUAUCUGUCAUUUUCAACUCAUUAUAUCCCUAAAUGUCAUAACAAUGCAUAUUACACUGAAAAUAAGAAUUAUUUGAAGAUAGAUAUCCAUGAAUACCUUUGAAUUGUUUGAAAAAAAAAAUUGAAUGACCCAUCUCACUACCUACUCAGAUGAUACAUGCCUUUGUGAAAGUAAACUUAGUGAUUUGAUUAGUUUUUUUUCAUCCUUUUUUUUUUUGGAAACACCCAUAUUUAUAAUGGUGGUUUAACUAGCUAAUUGUGGGAGAAUAUCCUUCACAACAGGGAAGUUACAGAAGAGCUACUGAACAGCAUAAUCGUAAACCACAGCCAACAUGUACAAUCAUCUGAGAUAUAUGUGGUCAUUUGAUUGUGGUCUAAGUUUACAUUGUUUUAAAUAUUCAUCUGUUAAUGUAUUUGAACAUUUAUAUAUUAUGGUAAUUUCAUGAAUUAUCAAGUCAGUAACACAUGUCUAGUUCAUAUUUGUUAUUUUGAUGUUUAGACAAUGCAAUAAUAAAGAUGGUUUGUUUGGUGCCUAGGCAACAGGAUUUCACAGUAUAAGUCAGUAAUGUAUUUCAGAGAAGGUGAAGACUGUGCUUGUGAAUAUCUAUAUAUAUGUAUUUUGUAUGUGUAUUUAUGAAUAUUUGAUACUGAAACCUGUAACUAUACAUAUAAAUUCAUCACAUAGAACGUAUGUACAUUGUGUAAUAUUCAUUUUAUUUUGUACAUAACAUCAUAAGAAAACAUUCUUGGAAGUCAGAGUGAAAUAAAAUAUAAAGACUUAGA